AUGAGUGUACAAUCUAUUAUUCUAUUUAGGGAUGACGAACAUAAUACAGAAGAUACCUGCAAGUUACUAUUAUAUCAUGAUUUGUCGGGCAAAAUUUUGAGCACAAAUGAUAAGGAACAGCGAAUUGGUAUAAUUAAGGGUAUGUGGCGCUUCAGUAACGAGUUCAGCAAGGACGGAGUUGUAUGUCAUAUAGAGUUAGAGGCAUAUAGUAUGGUUGUUUUGGAGGUUGAGCCUUCUUAUUAUCUUACCAUUGCUUUUGACAGUACAUACGAUGACCAAUGGCAGAAAUAUAGUACGCGAUUGAAUCAGUGCUACCAAUUUUUUGCGAUGCAGAAUGGUCGAAUGGCUACAAUAGAAGACAAAAAGCUAAGUAGGUUGUUGAAUGAGCAUUUUAUUCCAUUUUGGGAUGAGAUCAAUUUAAUUCCCGAUUACUUUGUGAUGCAAGAUAUCAAUUGUUCGCUUGGGGAAAACUUGUUUCCCCGUUGCCAAUUUAGAGACGCUUUGGACUCUGUCAAUGAGGUUAAAGAAUGGCAAACGUUUUUGAAGAAUAACAUACUCUUAUCGCAGGAAAACUAUCCUAAUAUAAAGGAUAUAUGUUUAUACCACGUACCGCAAGAUAAUAAGGACUCUAAAAAGUAUGGAUUCGUUGCAAAUUUUGAUCCACAAUUCAAAAGCCUUCCUGUACUUUCAAAUUGGAUAUUGGGUAUUGAUGCUAUGUACGGGACGAUUACUUCGCAUGGUUUAGCUGGAACAAUGUCAUUAGCUGAAACAGAACAACAAAUUGAGCUUGAUGCUGAAGAAACGGAGCCCGAAUCUGCUUCGAACAUAAGGACUGUGUGGGAUAAUGUAACGUUGCCCAUCACAUUUACUAUGGACGCAAUAAAAGAUAUCGGGCAGUUAACAGGUGUUUCAAACUCGCUCUCUUUGUUCACUGAUAUCAAGCCCACAUGGAAUCCAUUGCAAUGGUCAAGGGGCACAGAGGCAGGGUCUCUGAAUGCGAAGAACGACAAAGGAGGGGACGAAUACAGCUGGCUCAUAUCGCCUUUGAACCCGUCGUUUCUACCCAAGGUGUACCAAAUGAGAAAGUUCUACUUGGAGUUUGAUAGUUGGAAACAGUACAAUGUAAUAUUUUGGAAGUUCAAGGAUAUUUUAGCGGCUGUCAUUAUAGAUCCACAGUUCACCAAGAUCAACGAAGAGCCUUUUCUCAUGAGGCUACAAGAGGAAUUAUGGAGCGGUAUGUCGUUAUUUUAUGAGAACCCUGGGUUCGAAGAGAGGCCGUGCUCAUUUGAUUACACAAUUGUGUACAAAGAAGAGAAUAUGUAUUACAGUUCAAUACCCAUGUGGAAAAAUGGUCUUGAUGAAGAUGAGAAUGCAUUCAAGUUGGUGAUCAAGGGACUUGACGAUACGUUACAAUUUUUGAAGAACAAUGCAAAUAGGAAAACGUCUGUGGCCACUGUUACUGAGGUGGGUCACAACAUGAUGCUGACAGAACACAAGAUUCCUAGUGAAACGGAUGACAUGAAAUCCUCGAAGGUGGGAGACAAUGGUUCAUGGGGAAGGUCUAUUUUCAACAAGGUGAACGAGAAGCAGCUUCGCGAAUUGAACAAAGAGCUUAUGGUCAUAUUGGGGAGCAGAAACUACACAGCAUCAUAUACAGAAGCAGACACGAAGGAAAGUCUUUUGAAGCUUAACAAUGGGUUGAUGGUGUACUUGUUGGAAGAUAACAGGAGAUUGGUAUUUAUCAUUAAGAAUUGGUUUGAGGAUCCGCAGCAGACGCAAUAUACGAAGAAGAAGAAGGGGACUUCCAGGAUGAUAGACAGUCUUGGAAGGGAGGUUAGCCGCUGGUGGGACCUGAUAAAAGACCAUGAGCCAAUGUGA